AAUAUUUGUAUAGAUUUUUUGGACACUGCUAGUGAGCAUAACAUUACAGAGAUGUCUCGAUGUAAUGCAUUGCUAACUGAUAUUUUUUACUAUGUUUACGUGAAGCCAUAUUAUUUGCCUUAUAUCGAAGAAAGAAAGAACUUUAUCAUGAAUGCUCAGUUUAUUUAAAAAGGAAUGCCAAUUUGUAAAUAAGAAACAAUCUACGACAAUCAGUGAGGUGUAAAUUAUCGUAGUUAUCAUUUGUUUCAUUCUUCUUUAAACAUCUGAUAGGAUGAAAAUCGAAUGUUCAUCAUUGCUUAGAUCUUUGGUUAUAAAUUAUUUUUCAUUUUUUCUACUAAUUUUUUUACAAAUCAACUUUAUAAUUACUUCAACUCCUGGACAACCUUCACCUAGUGUCAAUCCUGAUUCAAGUAAUGUAAAAAUUAAUGCCAAAGUGCGUGUACUUGGACCUUGUCAGUUAUGUCGUGAGGUUGUUAGAUCAUUUCAUAGAGGUUUCAAGAACACUGAUUACUCCAAUGUUGACCAUGAAGUUGCCAAAUCGACCGAUUUCAAAGACUCCAGCCAAAGACUUAUACAAAUAAAAGAGAAACUAUGCUCUGAUGCGAAAAAUUUUGAAGAACAGUGUAAAGAAUUUUCGAGCAAACAUGAACAAGAAAUUGACCACUGGUGGUCUGAUGAACGUAAACAAGGAAUAGGUCUUCAUGAUUAUCUUUGCAUAGAUAAGGGAAAAGUCUGUUGCCCUGAUGGAAUGUUUGGACCUAAUUGUUCAUUUUGCCCAGGCUUUCCAGAAGCAAUUUGUAAUGGCCAUGGAAGCUGUAAAGGUAACGGAACACGCAAAGGGAAUGGAAAAUGUGUUUGUUAUGUGAUGUACAAAGGUGAAUUAUGUGAAAAAUGUGCUACUGGAUAUUUCAAGAUUUCCGAAAAAGAUGGCAUCGAAGAAUGUGAAAAAUGCGAUAAAUCAUGUCUUGGUCAAUGCCUAGGCUCUGGACCUAAAGGUUGCCAUGCUUGUAAAGAGGGCUACAUUUGGGACACAGAUUAUGGUUGUCUCGAUAUUGAUGAAUGUAUUGAAUCACCCAAAAAUCCGUGUCAGCAUAAUACAUUUUGCGUCAACGUUGAAGGAUCCUUUCAAUGUUUUGAAUGUGAUAAAGCUUGUGAUGGAUGCCACGGUGAUGGACCAGAUAGCUGUACAAAGUGCGCCGUAGAUUUUGUCAUGAAAGAAGGAAUUUGUGUUGAUACCAAAAUUCGCGAUCGUGAAGUUCAUCUAGAAAAAUCAAGAUAUAUUACCUAUUUAGGACUAUGCAUUGCGACUUGCAUAAUUUUCCAGAAAAACAUUUACAUCGCUUCAAUCAUAGGUUUAUUGGUGGCUCUUUAUAUUACAGCUGCUGAAUAUACAGUUCGAGACGUUACUAGACCAUCUAAUCCAUUGGAAGAGGUUGCUGGUAAAUUAUUUGAAUGAAGAAAAUUAACUUAAUCACUUCGACGUCUACCUGUCCAUUUUGUCUCUUAGUUUGAAAAUUUCUCCCUUUUUUGAUUAAGGUUUAAGACGAAAGAAAUAGACAUUGAAUAUUUGAUCUUUUUAAUAAAUUUUUUCAUUAAUUUCUUGA